GUUUGGUUUUUUUUUUGUUUUUGCUUUUUUUUUUUUUUUUUUUUUUUUGCAUUUUUUUCACCAAAACUUCUAUGCGGCGGCAGAGAGGAGGCGAGAUGGGGAGGAAGGCGCUGCUGGCCGCGCUGUGCCUGUGGCUGCCCUGGGCGGCUCUGGGCGAAGCUGAGACCAAUUUCGAGGGAAUUGAGAGCAAGUUUUCCUUACGGACACCUGCGGAGCCCGAUGAGGAUGUGUGCUAUCUGGUUCCUGGGAAGGUUGACAGCCUGGCACGGUGCAACUUCAACCAUACUAGUAAAACCUUUGUGGUGAUCCAUGGAUGGACGGUGACAGGAAUGUAUGAAAGUUGGGUCCCGAAGCUGGUGGAUGCUCUGUACAAGAGGGAGCCUGAUUCAAAUGUCAUUGUGGUGGACUGGCUAGUUCGAGCUCAGCAGCACUACCCAGUGUCUGCUGCAUACACUAAGCUGGUGGGAAAGGAUGUUGCUAUGUUUAUUGACUGGAUGGAGGAGCAAUUCAAUUAUCCUCUCAACAAUGUCCACUUGCUGGGGUACAGUCUAGGCGCUCAUGCUGCUGGGAUCGCUGGGAGCCUAACCAAGAAGAAAGUGAACAGAAUCACUGGGCUGGAUCCAGCUGGUCCUACUUUUGAGUAUGCCGAUGCCCUCACUCGCCUCUCCCCGGAUGAUGCUGACUUUGUGGAUGUUCUACACACCUACACACGAGGCUCUCCGGACCGCAGCAUUGGGAUCCAGAAGCCUGUUGGACAUAUAGAUAUUUAUCCUAAUGGUGGUGGUUUCCAGCCAGGUUGUAACUUGGGAGAAGCACUUCGUCUGAUUGCUGAAAAAGGCUUUGCAGAUGUGGAUCAGCUGGUGAAAUGCUCUCAUGAACGAUCCAUCCAUCUUUUCAUUGACUCCCUUCUCUAUGAAGAAAAGCCCAGCAUGGCCUACCGCUGCAACACAAAGGAGGCCUUUGAGAAGGGUCUUUGCCUGAGCUGCCGGAAGAACCGCUGCAACAAUUUGGGUUACAAGGUCAACAGAGUGAGAACGAAGAGGAACACAAAAAUGUACUUGAAAACCCGUGCUCAGAUGCCUUAUAAAGUCUUUCACUACCAAGUCAAGAUCCAUUUCUUUGGAAAGACUAAUACAACCAAGACAAACCAGCCAUUCCUGAUCUCCCUCUAUGGCACUCUAGAUGAGAGUGAGAACAUUGCUUUCACACUGCCUGAAGUCUCCUCAAACAAGACUUUCUCCUUCCUGAUUUAUACAGAAGUGGACAUUGGUGACCUACUUAUGCUGAAGCUGCAGUGGGAGAAAGACACCUUCUUCAGCUGGACAGACUGGUGGACUCCUUUUGCAUUUGACAUCCAGAGAGUCAGAGUGAAGUCAGGAGAAACCCAGAAAAAGGUGGUAUUCUGUUCUCGAGAUGGCACUUCACGUCUCAGUAAGGGAGAAGAGGCAGCAAUAUUUGUGAAAUGCUUGGAGCAGCCUGUCAACAGGAAGAGAGGAGGUUCCAAGAAAGCCUCUAAAGAAAAUUCUGCUGAGGAAUCCGCUUAAGUGACAAGAAUGAAGAUUUUUCCAUACUGGGGAGGAGGAGAGUCUGUUCAUCCCUGUCAACUAGGUGUUCAGAACCAAAUAUAUAGAAAUAUUUAUCUGCUGCUGGGUUUUUGCCUGCUAUUCCUAGCUAUCUUAGGAGACUUCUUGUAAGGAAGUCUCGGCAUACAAAGUUACUAACCAUAAAUACAUUAUCCAAAUAGUUAAAAGCAAAGAAACCCACAAAACAACUAGCCAAAGGCUUGACUACUGGGAAAGAAUAAGUAAUUUUGCUUAAUCAUCGUGCCUUGUGACAAGGUUUCUUGACAUUACAUCCCCCUAUAGCAAUUCUCUGGUAUUUGUUGAAAAGAAGUAAAGCCCUGUACCUGGCUCUUCUUUCUUUUCAGGAGUCUUCCAGAAAUGGACACGUUUUUCUUCUGUCUUGGCUGACUGAAUUUUCAGACAGUUCAUUGGCUACAGUUCAUUAUCUUCCAUUGUGUGUAGUGAAUGAAUAGGUUACUUAUGUGAAGAGAAAGACUUGCUGUGUGUAUUACUAGAAGGUGUCAUGACUGACUUAUUAUGGGGAUGAAUUUUAUAGUUUGUGGUUAUGAAUGUGUUUUACUGGGGGUAGAUGCCAGUGCUGCUUAGCAAUAGGUAUGAUCUGUUAAGCUAUAUACUUCUGUGCAGCUUACCCUGGAAAAUACCUGUGUUCUAUACAGACAUUCAGCUUUUCACGUGUGCUUUCAUUCCUUGAAAACUAAACCAUCUAGGCUCCAACACUAUGAAUGAGGAACUGCAAAGAAAUUGAGCUACAAGAAACUGCAGGAAGCAUAUUUUUUUUUUCCCCCUACCACCUGCUUGCAUCCUGUAUGCUAAAACUACUACAGUUUCUCUACUCUUUGACCCCAAAUGUCAGUCAUGCUGCUGAAUGGCUGCUGUGUGCAGUCUUCAGUGUGAGUGGAUCCACUCGGCAGGUGAGAAGUGUGCUCAUGCUUCCCUGUACUGGAAUUGUGGCUUGCCAGUGGGCCACCUUGGAUGUUGCUUGACUGUGAUACAGUGCUAGAUGCUAGGAGCUGCUUGGUUUCUUGCCAAAAGGUGGAAUUCAGCAAGGAGCAGCAGCUGUGAGAGGAGCCUGAUUGUGUGAUGUAUAAGAAUGAAUGCUCUGAAAAACACUUGAAUUCAACAUACUGCAAGUUGUCAGAUAUGGAUAUGUUGAAGGCAUUUUGCUUCCCUUUAGUAAACAUGCAAUUUUUCUAGUGCUCUGAAAGGUUCAUAGCCCUCUUAGCUUUAUAGAAGAUUAAAAAAAAAAAAAAAUACUGGGGAGUCAGAAGAGCUAGACACUUGGAGAAGUGUGAUGUGAGCUAUUGAUGCUGGUUCUUGUAGACUUUACCUUGCAUGUCCAAGUGUGGAGGUGGUGUUUCCUCCAGUAUCCCAUCUUGAAAGCAAAACCAACAUGUAUGUGUUUGUGUGCACAGUUUGUGUUUUUUUUCCAGCUGUGGCUGCUAGUAUAUUUGGGGAUAAGUCUUAAACAGUGCAAUAGGUUAAAAUAUUAAUAAUUCUGAAACUGCUUACAUUUGAUUUCCUAACCCUUAAACUACAGCAUAGAUGUGAUGAGUCACUGAGGGUGGGGUUGAGCCACUGCAUUUGAGACCUCUAAAAAUAAAUAUAAUGAUUUAUUCCCUAUGGACUUCACGUUUUGUUGCAAUUUUCUAUUAAGAGUUUGCUCUUUAUACAGGAUCAAAUACAAACACAUACAGAACUUGGAUACAAAAUAGUGAAGAUUCUUGUACAUGAGGACACAUGAUUUAGCUUUGGAUGUUAUUUAUUAGCUGUAAAUAAGAUAUUUAUGUGUGUAUGUAAAGGUAGUUUGUAUAUAUUGCUAAAGUUGCUGACAAGUCUCUGCACUAAUACAGUUGUAGUAUUAAUCCUGUAUAUAGCUUUCAGAGAUUUUUAUCGACAAAUCGCACUGCAUUAUUUCCUAUGUGGUUAAUGCAUAUUUUUUAAAAAAGAGAGCUCCUCAGUUUUGUACAGAAUGGAAACCUAUAGUUUUAAUAAAAUUCUCAAACUUAUGCCAAAGUC